UGAAGUCUGGAUCGCUAGCACUGUGACGGAAGCUGCGAUCGACUUCAACGAUCAGGCGGUUUCCGUUAACGUUAACGACACGUUGUACUGACGGGAACGUGGUCAAUGAUAUCACGGGAUCGGUCAACGUCACCAUUGUUGAUGAGGACCCAGUUCUGACGUCAUUUCCAACGACGUCAUAUACGUUUUCUGGAAGACACUUCCGUUGCCGCUCUGCAGCUAAACUCUUUCAGCCUUAAAGAUUCUGAUGACGUCAUAUCCUGUAAAGUCGACCCUGCCACACCGGAAGCGACACAUUUUGAGAUUAGAGCCGGAACUGUGCCGGCGUUCCAGAUUUGGUACAAGGGAAGUCCGCCAGCGUUCUUGAACUAUGACGUCACGCCCGUUCAUAACGUCACGAUUAUGUGCGACGACGGUGCCGUCUUUAGCUCGAGAUAUUAUUACGCAGUGGAGCUCAUAAACAGCCCUCCGGUGUUUUUAAACCUUCCGGCAACGACGUUACCGUCAAUUGAGGAAUCAGUGACGUCAAAAACUUUGCUAUACACUCUCACGGUAUCCGACCUAGGAGUUCCCCCGUGCUACUUGAGCGAUACUGCACUUGCUGCGGGCAUUCUACCUUUGGAGCAAAGUACUGUGACACCGCCAGAGACCGAGUAUCUGGUGUACGCCCACAAUCCAGGCGGGUUCGAUUUCGAGAGAAGUAACGGAGCCGUUAACGUAGAAAUCACAUGCGGGGAUUCCGUGUCCACCGUCAAAAAGACGCUGAUUGUGAACAUCCUUAAUUCGGCACCUGUGAUAACUAACCCAGGAGGGUCCAGUGACGUGGCCGAGGACGUUAGCGGAACGUUGACGUUAAAAACGCUUGACUUCGUGACGUUCGAUAAGUCUGACACAACGUGUUCAAUGGCGAACGCGGACGGUGGACCAUUUGCCGUCAUCGGCAACCAAAUCGUGAAGACGGCUGGGGUUUUGGACUUUGAGACGAAGGCGACGUAUAAUCUUGACGUCACCUGCACAGACGGCCUUCUUCCAACCACUGAUACCUAUGUCGUCAACGUGCAAAACGUCGGUCCAGAGAUAACCAGCCUGCCGACGGCGGCGACUCUAAACGAGUGGCAGACGACGGAAUUUCAGCUCACAACGUUGACGCUAACGGAGAACGCGUCGGACUGCGUUCAGACGUCACCGACUUACAACGAGUUUAACGUCAAAUAUGAGCCCGCCACUGCUGUAUGGGUGAUCUACUACGUAAGCGAGGUGGUGGCGGACCGGCCCCUUAAUUACGACACGAACCCCUUCUACAACCUCCACAUUCAGUGCAGCGACGCCGCUGGGGCAAAAGGGCGCGAGAAGAUUUUCACCGUCCAUAUUAAUGAUAACAAACCCCCAGUGUUCGACAACCUUAGCAGGUCGCCGAUUACGAAACUAAGCCUCGUUGCCAAAGACUUCAAGGCCGCCGACACCGUGUUUUCCGCUACCGGAAGUGACGUGGAGAAUGAUGCCGUCACAUACAGUAUGCUGUCGUGUACCCCGAAUGCCACGUGUCCGUUCAUCAUGUCUCCGAAUGGAGAUAUAGUUACGAAUGCCGAUCUUCAUUCGUACCCUAACAACUCGUUCAAACUCUCGGUUGUGGCCACGGACAAGUAUAACAAGAACCCGACACCGUACACCGUCAUAGUGGAAAUAACUGAUAUAAACACCAGGCCAAAGUUGACGAACGUCCCGAAAAUCGACGUUUUAGCCGUCUACGAAAACAACGCCGCCGGUGACGUCAUUUAUGAUGUAAACCACGAGGAUCCGGAUGCUGGUGACGUCAUAAAGUACUUUUGCAACUUCAUCGACGGUGGCGCGGAUUAUUUCACAUGCGAUUCUGCAACGGGCGAAAUCCGCGCCAAGUCCGUGAUAAACUUCGAAAAGGUCAACAAACUCUCGUACGAGGUCGAGAUUCACGCCUACGACGGCUACGCCAAUUCUACUACCGAGACGUUGACGCUGCUCAUAAGUGACGUCAAUGAGAAACCGGAGUUCACAACGACGACUUGGACGAUUACGAAAAACGACGAAGGCGGGCCGGGCGAGCAGAUCUCCUGCCCGGACUUCAAGAACGACAUCAAUGACGAAGACGUGGGCGACGUUCACACCUACAAGAUGUCCUGCCCCAGGGGUCGCGGCGUGUUCGUCAUGGACCCCCUGACCGGCUGCGUCACAAUGACCAAGGAGUGGGACCUGGACGCUGCCAACAAGCGUCUUGGGGAGGAGACUGUCGUGUGCACGGUGACGGCAACCGACCGCCGGGGACUGGAGACCACCGCCACAUUCAACAUAAAGAUAAAGGAGGAGGACGACAAUAAACCCUUUCUGUCGCAGACCUCUUACGUCUACUGCGCGACCGUUGGCGCCACUUCCGGUUCGCUGGGCCAGGUGACUUCCACCGACAAUGAUGUCCUCCCCGCGCAUCAGACCAAGAAAUAUGAGUUUGUCGGAAGUGGACCCUUUUACGCAUCCGGCACCGGAAGUCUUACAUACGGGGAUUUGAGCUCUUAUGCUAAAGGCACUAAAUUUGAAACCACCCUUAGGGUUACAGAUUCCGCCGGUCACUACGACGAGUCCCCUGUCACCAUCUUCAUUUGCGACCCGCCUCCGCCAGUGCCAUCAAAUCCCAAUAGCGCCAGUGGUGCAUCAUCGGCGACGGCCACUUCCGAUGGCCUUGACAACUUCCUGUACUGGUUGAUUCCGGCGCUGCUCCUCUUGGCGCUCAUGGCGGGACUCGCCGUGUUCCUCAUCCGGCGAUGCAUCCAAGGCGGCAGAUGCGGUUCCUGUUACCAGUCGCGCGCCGUAAAGACUAUCCGGCCCCUUCAAGAUCCAGGAAGAGUCCAGACCCGCGUGAUCACCGCCAGGGAGGUCGAGGAGAGGGCUGUCUACCGGAAGGCCCCGACCCCAUCAUCAUCAUCGCCGCCACCACCUCCACCACCGCCACCAACCGAAAAGGGGACCAUCGCGCCGUGCGAGCUUCCAAUUGUCCACUACCACGCACGUGAUGUGGGGAACCUAGGCGCCAUGUACCCGAAGUAUUGAUAUCAGUAAACGGCCAUCUCCGUGACUUUUCGCGAAUCUUCGUGAAACUUCGUGAAUCUUCGGACUAUUUAAAUGGAGCAUUUUCAAGCCAAUCAAUUAUUUAUUUUAACAGGAUUGUUACGCGUUUAAUGUCCAAAUAUUUACGAAUAUAGUCAAAAUUUCACGAACGCUUCUUUAAAAUAUAAGAAUCCGCAAGACGCUUUGCUUAAUAGUUGUAAUUGAUUUCUUUACAAAAUAACACAAAUCGUAAUACUUAAUGAUUUUCUACUGGCUUUAGAUACGGACACUUUAGAUCGCAUUUUAUGGAUUUACAUGUAAUGUAACCUGAUUAAUGUGUCUAAGUUAGUGCAUUUAAAUGCUGUUAUUUUGCAAUUUGUUUUCAAUGCCAAAUACA